AUGAGUACAAUAGAAUCUCAGGAUGCACAACUGCCAAAAAAAUCUGAUUGUCCACUAUGGGAAAUAGAGUGGAAGAGAGAAAAAGCAGAGAAGGAGCAGACCAAUGACAAACAAAACAAGGAAACCACAAAAGCUAUGGUGGCAACCUGGGGCUCUAAUGAUGAAGCUGAUCACACUACUCUCAUGGCUACUGAAGACUCAGAAUCUGGUACUGAGAAGGAUAUCAAGGCAAGUAAUGAGCUUAAAGGCAAGUUAGAUCUGCUCUCAAAAGAGAAACUGGUGGAUUUGAUGAACAACCUAAUUGCUUGUAAAGACAAUACUGAAAAGGAAAAUUGUCUAUUGAAAGAACAGGUUGCUCAACUUGUUUCAUCUGUGCUGGCUCUUAAAUAUGAAGUUCUUAAGCUGACAAUAAAAUUGGGAAAAUCCGGGAUGAGCAGUGAACAACUUGGGGUCGAAUCUGAACUAAAGAAAAUAAAAGAGGAAUUGCGUCUUCAGAAAGAAAAAUAUGGAGAAAUCAGUUCCAAAUUGCUUAGAACAGAGCAUGAUCUUGAAAGAGCAAGGCGUUGGACUCAAGCUUCUCAAUGGCUCUCAAAUCUCACCAGUCAAACACACAAUAUAACCACAGGAUUGAGAUUUGAUAUACAGCCAAACUUGAUAGUGUACUCUAUGUUUGGAUUGAAAAUAUAUGUUUUGAGUGGACUCUCAGAGAUGAUGGGUUUAGGGUCUUUUGGUUCAUCCAAUUUAUCACCUUUAGCCCCACCUUUUACUGUUGAUCGCUCAAAUUCAAAACAAGUGUUGAAUUUCACUGAUUCCAAUUAUAAUACUGGUACAGUACAACCAUUUGGACAGCAGUCUUGGCAAUAUACUGCUGACCCUUCAGUCAAUGGAUACAAUUUUUUCCCAAACAAUGAAAUAGUUACUGAUUCUAUGCCCAAAACUGGCAUGCCUGAGUUUUCCCCAACUGAUUCUGUUAAAGUCAGCAGUAAUAAUCACCUUUGGUCAACUUCAAACCCCACUGUUAAUGCUUCGAGUGACGCGUAUUCGGGAUAUUAUACCCCUUAUGUGCCUUCAGUAGUGAAGAAUGACCAACCCUCGGUGGCCUUUAAUGAACCGUCGUUUGAUGUUUUGCCUAAUUCGGGUAAUAUUGCUGUUAAUGUGUCGUCUCAAGUUGAUUAUACCCAGAGCUUGUCUGGUUUGGAAUACCCGGUAUCGCAUUGGAGUUUUUGGAAUAAAGUGGCUGAGGGGAAGCAAGAUGAGAGGAAGGGAGUUAAUGCUGGUGCUUCUUUUGGUUACAUGAAUAGCAUGUCUCAAGGUAAUUCACUUGAAGGUGUGAACAUAGCUGGAGAAGAUUCUGGUGCUCUGUCUGGAAAUUUUACUGAUGGAGUAUAUACUGGGCCUUCAAGUAUGGGACAUAUGGAUGCCAAAUCAUAUCUCGCUCAAGAACCUGUCUACCCAUCUUUUAACUCAAAAACAGCUAUGGGUUCAAUUCUCCCUGUAUCUUGCCAAGCGGGACUUUCUUUAGGAUCUUCUAAGAAUUACCCGAACUAUGAAAACCCUUUUACUCCACAUGAAAAAUCCUUCCAACCCCUUGAUUCUUGUCCCCGUGAUACUACAUCCACAUCAAAAUCUUCUCCUGCAGUGGUUAUCAGACCAGCACCUUCUGGAAGCCGUUUCUUCACACCGAAGACAGACUUGCACAAAAAUGUGGAUAUUUGCAAAUCUGGAGCUAGUAACAGUGAGAAAUCAGAUGUCCGUUACCUGUUAAAUAAGGGUCAGGAAUCUCCGGUCAAAGGGUUUACCUUGGACACAGGCCCACCGCUGGACUUUGGCAAGAUCAAUGACAUUUUUUAUGCAUCGUCGUCAAUUAACAAUCCGUGCCCAAGCCAUCCUUGUGGUAGCAAUAGCAUAGAGACUGCAGUUAAAGAAAGAUCCGGAUCUGAAGCUCCUUACAGUAGUGCACCACCUGUGACUUUUACUGACAAAUGUUCAGAUGCUUUAGAACUUCAUAACCCAAAUGAAGAUUCACCCUGCUGGAAAGGUUCUCCUGCUUUUCGUAUUUCUCUCUGUGACUCUGUUGAAGCUCCAAGCCCAUGCCAAUUCAAAAGCAAACUAGAAUGCUCUGAUUUUGGUCAAAGCAAUCCUUUGUUCCCUCCACCAGAACAUUCAGGGAGAACUUCAAUAAAGAAACUUGGUGAGGACAAUCUACAUAACCAUAACGUAUAUGCAGGAAUUGGUCGGUCAAUUCCUUCAGAAGGCACUGGAACUAAUAACUAUAUUACAGAAGAGCACAGGACCAAUGACGUCACAAAAGAAACAUCUGAGCAUAUGGAUCUGUCCAGCAGCAGUGGGGUACUUAAAUUUUCUGAAGAUCUGAACAAGCCUAGCAAAGGAUAUAAUCUACCGCAUUACUCUGAAAACGACGGACCCACAGAGCAUUGUUUGACGGAGGGUUUUACACAUUCUGGUUUGAACCUCAAUGACACAUUAGAGGGUGGAGUAGUUGCACUUGAUGCUGCAGAAAAUGUUUUACGUUCACCAGCUUCUCAAGAAGAUGCCAAGCCGGCCCAACCAUAUCAAAUAGGAUCAAGUCCAAAACUGGAUGUUCAGACACUUGUGCAUGCAAUUCAUAACCUUUCGGAGCUACUUAAAUCCCAAUGUUUGACUAAUGCAUGUGUACUGGAGGAACAAGACCAUGACGCCCUUAAGCAUGCAAUUACCAAUCUUGGUGCAUGUACCGCUAAGAAGAUUGAAACAAAAGAUACAAUGUUUUCCCAGCAUGAUACUUUUGAGAAGUUUGGAGAAUCUCGCCGCUCUUAUAUGCGUAAUUUUGUAGAUAACGGUAAUUUUGUCCGCCAGGGCACUGGGACAGGCCUCCCCCAGUUUAUGGAAGAAGUUACUUGGGAUUCUUGUGGACUAGGUAAUCAGCCUUUGCAUCAAGAUAAGAGCAAGAACAAUGGUAAGAAAGCUGAGAAUUCACCCCUUCUAACUCCUUCUGCAGAUGAAUUAGGGGAUUCAAAUGAAGAACAAGUGGCCCAGGCUAUAAAGAAAGUCCUCAAUGAGAACUUUCUCUCUGAUGAAAUAAUACAGCCCCAAGCCCUUCUCUUCAAGAAUUUAUGGCUUGAAGCUGAAGCAAAAUUAUGUUCCCUAAGCUAUAAAGCUCGUUUUCACCGUAUGAAGAUUGAAAUGGAGAAGCAUAAAUUCAGCCAAGGAAAAGACCUAAACCUGAAUUCCUCAGUGGCACCUGAAGCUGAAAAUGACAGCGCAUCAAAGACAACCACCCAAAGUCCCCCCUCUACUUCAAGCAAGAGUGUCCACAUUGAUGAUUCUGUAAUGGAGAGAUUCAAUAUCUUAAAUAGAAGGGAAGAGAAACUGAGUUCAUCUCUCAUGGAAGAGAAAAAGGAUCAGAAUGUGGAUCCCAAUGAUGCUGAGGAUCCUGUUAUGGCGAGACUCAACGUCUUAAGACAGCGGGGAGACAACUUGAAUUCAUCUUUCAUGGAAGAGAAAAAGGAUCAGGAUGUGAGUCCCAAUGAUGCUGAGGAUUCUGUAAUGGCGAGACUCAAUGUCUUAAGACAGCGGGGAGACAACUUGAAUUCAUCUUUCAUGGAGGAGAAAAAGGAUCAUAUGGUCGCCAAUGAUGCUGAGGAUUCUGUUAUGGCGAGAUUCAAUGUAUUAACGUACCGGGGAGACAACCUAAAUUCACCGUUGACGGAGGUGAAAAAAGAUCUGGAUAUGGUUGCUGCUGGUUCUGCAGGUACGGAGAAUCUUGGAUUGUUAAAAGGAGAAGUAUCAGAAGAUCAGAGAGCAAAUGUGGUCAUAGAACCUUACUUCUAUUAUCACAGUGUUAAUGCCAGCGAAGGUAAAUUUGGGUCUUACUCGGAUGGUUCUGGAUGUGACUCCAUGAAACAGUUUCUUCUCUCUGUCGCGGAUGAUCCAGUUGUCCAUUCAAAUAGGAAGGGCAGACUGGGAAAUCUCAACUCUUCAGGUUUGUAUGAUAAUUCUUCUUCAGAUUGGGAGCAUGUAGCCAGGGAUGAAUAUGUGUGACAGCUGACGAGACAUUGCUACGCGAAGAUAUUUAAUGUUCUCUUUCCAGUCAACAUAUGAAAACACUGUAUAUAUUCUAGAGUGCAUGUGAUGAAACUACGUAUGCCUAUUGUCUACUUUCUGAUACUGCAAUAUGCUUACUACGUUACUCGGUUGUGCA